AUGGCGCGUAUAAAAGUGUUAAACGUAGCUGAGAAACCAUCCGUUGCAUCAGCAAUAGCAGACAUCCUUAGUAAAGGCAAACAAAACAAAAAAAAAAGUUAUAGCAAAUAUAAUCCUGUUUUUACAUUUGAGUAUAAAAUAAAAAAUGAUACUUGGUAUAUGUAUGUAACAUCAGUAACAGGGCAUUUGACGGAACAAAAAUUUGAUGACAGAUAUAAGAAUUGGAAUAACACAGAUCCUCAAGAAUUAUUUGAUGCGAAAAUUACUAUAUACAUUGAAAAGGAUAAAAAGACAAUUGAAAAUAACUUGAAAAAAUACUCAAAGGAUUGUAACAUGUUAAUAUUGUGGCUAGACUGUGAUAGAGAAGGAGAACAUAUUUGUUUUGAGGUAAUAAAUACAUGUUAUGUAACAAAUAAGAAAUUGAAAAUUCAAAGAGCUCAGUUCUCAGCUGUUACUGAAAAAGAUAUAAUCCAUGCUAUUAAUAAUUUGAAAUAUCCAGAUAGAAAUUUAGCAUACAGUGUAGAUGUAAGAAGAGAAAUCGAUUUAAGAAUGGGUUCUAUUUUUACUAGAUUUAUGACUAUUAGGUAUAUAAAUUUAGUAAAAUCUGAAACAAAUAUUAUUAGUUAUGGGCCUUGCCAGUUCCCUACCUUAGGAUUUGUUGUAAACAGAUAUUUAGAUAUAAAACAUUUUAAAUGUGAAUAUUACUGGUAUAUUAAAAUGCAGUUUUUGUGUGAUAUGGAUGGGAGCAGCACUAUUCAUAGUGAAGAGGACAGUGAUACAACUACUGAUGAGAAUAAAGAAAUAUAUAGUGCAAGAAUGAAAAAGAAUGAGACAAAAAAAAAAAAAAAGAAAACUAACACUGGUGGUAGUAGUUCCACUAAUGUAGUAGAUUUUACUUGGUCAAGAUUGAAAAUGUUUGAUCAUCUAGGUGUAGUUCUUAUUUAUGAAAAGUUAUUAGAAAAUCCUCUAUGUAGAAUUACUAAUAUUUAUGAAAAUGAUACUAAGAAAUAUAAACCAUUACCGUUAAACACAUUGCAGAUGACUAAACUCGUUUCCAAAUUUUUUCAUAUCUCUUCUAAAGAGUGUAUGAGCAUAGCAGAGAAGUUAUACAAUAAAGGAUAUAUUAGUUAUCCUAGAACAGAAACAAAUUAUUUUAUAGAUAGUAUGAAUUUACAUAAAAUAGUCUUAGAAAUGAAAAAGAAUAAUAUUUUUGGUUCCUAUGCCGCUAAGUUAAGUCAAAAUAAUAAUUUUAAACAACCAAGAAAAGGGAAACUAAAUGAUAAGGCACAUCCUCCUAUACAUCCCGUAAAAAAUAUGAACAAAUCAGAAAAAAUAGAUGAAAAAGAAUGGAAAUUAUAUGAAUUCAUCUGUAGACACUUUUUAGCUGUUUGUAGUGAUGAUGCAAUAGGAUACAAUAGUAAGGUUAUAGCAAAUAUAGGGGAAGAACAAUUCUUUUGUAAAGGAUUAAAAAUAGUAAAAAAAAAUUAUUUAGAAGUUUAUAUAUAUGAAAAAUGGAAUGAUAAAAUUAUACCAUCAUUUCAAGUCAAUGAUCAGUUCUAUCCAUACAGUCUCCUAAUAGAAGAGGGAAUAACACAACCACCAAAGUACUUAUCUGAAUAUAAUUUACUAUCCUUAAUGGAUAAAUUUGGUAUUGGGACAGAUGCAACGAUGCAUGAACAUAUAGAGAAUAUACAAAAGAGAAAUUAUGUAAUUAAAAAUUCAAAAAAUUUGUUUAUACCAACAAAUUUAGGCAUCGCAUUAAUAUUAUCCUAUAAAAAAUUUAAAGACAUCGGGGUAGAUUUAACAGAGCCAUCCUUAAGAGCAAAAAUGGAAAAGGAUAUGUCUCUCGUUGCUUCGGGAGUAAAAGAGAAAAAUGAAAUUAUAAGGAAUUACAUUGAUAUAAUGAAAUAUAUUUACCAAGAGAUAUAUAACAGAAUAGACCUGUUAGACCAAAACAUACGUUUUUAUUUAAAUAGCACAGCAGUUACAUGUUAG